GUGACACGGGGCGGCUCUGGUUUCAAACACAGCGCCCAUCUUUAACACAAUAGCACCAGACAGACUUCGUCCCAUAGCGAGAUACCGCCGCUCAUGAACUAACACAAGAACAGCAAACAGUUACGUGAGGGAUUCACAUCGAUCUCAAACCCUCGCUGCUCAAGAACAACCAUAACAACAACAACAACAACAAACAAUUGCGAUUGUUCUCUUUGGAAAAUCGACGUCUGGAGAACAUCGACAUUCAAAAGGAAACAACGAAGGCUUGAACCCGAGCACUGACAUCCCCUGCCAGCCCUUGACACAGGCAUGACGUGAAGCCUAGGUAAAUGAAGACAAGAGACAGGAAGAAAAUAAAAGAUGAUCGAAACAAUGGAUACCCAGCGUUGUCUGCAGGCGGUGGAGAGGUUACAGUCUCGCCUGAAGGAAAAGGGAGCCAGUGUUCCUGCGGAGGAGAAGCUAAAUCUUCUGAAAACGGUCCUGCAGAGUCCUCUCUUCCACCAGAUUCUCGCCCUGCAGAAAUCAGUGCAACAUCUGAAGGAGCAUACUCCAUAUAUUGACUCCGAUCUGAAGGGUGGCCAUGACGGGUUCUCAGCGCAGCUCAAUGGGCAGCCUUCAUCUGAAGAGUUUGAACAUAUCAUCCGUUCUAUGGCUCAGGGUCGGUACGUGACAAAAAUUAACCUGCCAAAGCCGGUAUCCGGUGGUUUGGGCUUCAGUGUUGUUGGACUGUGCAGCGAGAACCGUGGAGAGCUCGGCAUCUUCAUUCAGGAGAUUCAGGCCGGGAGUGUGGCAGACAGUGAUGGUAAACUGAAGGAGGGAGAUCAGAUCUUGGCGAUUAAUGGUCAGCCGCUGGAUCAGAGGGUCAGUCACCAGCAGGCCAUUGCACUUCUGCAGCAAGCAUCGGACCACAUGGAAAUCACUGUCGCCCGUGGGCCCGUACCACAACUCUCCAGCCCAGUGGUGUCCAGAACGCCCAGCGCUGCAAGCACCCUUUCAGCACACUCCAGUGCGACCCACUGGACUCAUGUAGAGACAAUCGAGCUGGUGAACGAUGGAACUGGUUUGGGCUUCGGGAUUGUUGGCGGUAAAACCACCGGCGUUGUUGUCAAAACCAUCUUACCUGGAGGCAUCGCUGACCAAGAUGGUCGUUUACGUAGCGGGGAUCACAUCCUGCGUAUCGGUGAUACGAAUCUUUUCGGUCUGAGCAGUGAGCAGGUUGCUCAGGUCUUAAAACAAUGUGGCAACAGAGUCCGACUGCUCAUCAGCCGCGCGACGGUGGACGAUGCUCCACCUGUUCAUAUCUCCCUGCCAACCGUCACCGAGCAACAGGGUUUUGAGGAAGAAGAACAGGAUGCUUUUGAUGUGAGUCUGACGAAGAACGCUCAGGGGUUGGGCAUCACCAUCGCUGGAUAUGUGGGGGACAAAACCUCAGAGCCCUCCGGGAUAUUCGUGAAGAGCAUUUCUAGGGACAGUGCCGUGGAGCAAGAUGGGCGAAUUCAUGUCGGGGAUCAGAUCAUAGCUGUAGAUGGUAUGAAUAUCCAGGACUUUACUAACCAGCAGGCUGUUGAGGUUCUUAGACACACAGGUCAGACUGUACACUUGAAACUGGUCCGACGCGGCUUUAAACCAGAGGACGCAUUCCCACCAAUCAUACCUGUAACCAUGGAGACCAGACCUGCCCCUGGUGCGUCCAGAAACUCAACGAUGGAGCGCAUGAAUGACAAACACGAUGAGAGGUCAUAUCUCAGUCCAGCUGAAACCUCCAAACCCCCGUCUGUCACGGUUCCACCCAUCAGAACUGCAGAAAGGCGAGACGGAAUGAAGCUGAGCUCUGAGGAGGAACUCAAACUCUUGCAGAAGUGGCAGAAGGACGUUGGCAUGUGCAGCGAGGUCAUUGUGGUUCAGGUGGAGAAGUUCAGUGAGAACAGCGGUUUAGGGAUCAGUCUAGAUGUUUGUUCCGGCCAUCACUUCCUGUGCUCUGUGCUUCCAGAGGGUCCUGUCGGACGUUCCGGGAAAAUCUGCAAUGGAGACGAACUGCUGGAGGUGAACGGCAUUCCCCUCCGAGGAGAGACUCAUAAAGAUGUAGUCGAUAUUCUGAAGGAACUGCCUGUCUGUGUGACCAUGGUCUGCUGUAGACCCGCCCCUCUGAUGACUGACAGCCAAACUGACCAACUACGAGCGGUGGAUGUGGCCGUGGAAUCCACAAUUCAGGUGCAUGAUGAGCUUGAGGACUUCAUGGUUGCUGGGGAAUCAGAGGACGACAUGAGAGAUCAUGUGACUGAGGAGUCUGCCGGAAUGCCGCUAGCGAUGUGGGAAAUAGAGAUUCAGGACAUCGAACUGGAAAAAGGAGAGAGUGGGCUGGGCUUCAGCAUUCUCGAUUACCAGGACCCCAUGGACCCGGCUAAGACAGUAAUUGUGAUUAGGUCUUUGGUUCCUGAUGGCGUUGCAGAGCGAGAUGGACGCUUGUUGCCAGGAGACCGCCUCAUGUAUGUCAACAACAUGAACCUGGAGAGUGCCAGUUUGGAAGAGGCGGUGCAGGCGCUGAAAGGAGCAAACAUGGGCACUGUCCACAUCGGGGUGGCCAAACCACUGCCGGCUGAGGGUGAGGACAUCUCUUCCUCCUUUAACUUCUCGGCUCUGGUGCUGACGGAAUGUUGUGGUGAUGAUGAGGAAGGGGAAAUUUUGUUCCGCGCUGAGCCUGCAGUGAUCAACUCCAGCGAUUUCGACCUGUCUGAUGAAAAGGCGUUUGAGUGUCAGUUUGUCGAAGAAGAGGAUGAGGCAUUGCAGGCAUCGAUGAUCGCUCAGCACGGCAGCACUUGCAGCACUGAUCAUCAGAUGACCAGACAGUCCUCCACACCCAAGAGGAGUGUUCUCCAGGAAUCUUUCUUGGAUUAUCCCUUCAUGGGCACGUCCGGAAUUGCGGAUGACACGGAACCCUUCACUCCUGAGCAGAGGGCAGUGCCUUGGAUGCCUGAGGGAAGGGCUUUUAGGAUGGGACUCACCCACUCUGACUUGUUCUGUGAACUGGGCCUAGAAGAGGUGGAGCCACUGGCAUCAGAGGUGGGGUUAUCUAAAGCUAGCCCCACCCCCGUGCAUAAAGAGGAGGGGCUUGAACAGUCAUUUUACACCAAGGUGGACCCAAUGGUGGGCACUCUUGGAGAAGGCCUGGUCAAGAGUGGUAACCAUGGAGAUCAAGACUUCCAGAAGGAAGGAGAUUUCCUUCCAGCUAUAACUGCAGAUGAUUCCCAGCAGGUAAACACCCCCGUGGGGAGCAGUUUCGAGAGGACCAUCACUGUCGUCAAGGGCAACUCCAGUCUGGGUAUGACUGUGUGCGCAGUGAAGGAUGGCGUGGGUAUGCUGAUUCGUAGUAUCAUUCACGGCGGCGCGAUCAGCAGAGACGGGCGUCUCGGGGUCGGUGACCUUAUUCUGGCCAUUAAUGGAGAACCGACAGGAAAUCUGACCAACGCCCAGGCACGAGCCAUGCUCCGCAGGCACUCUCUGACUGGACCAGAUAUGGGAUCCACAGCUGCUGCUGGGGAAGAGCAAAACCCCUUCUCUGUAAUCACGUAUGUACCUGCAGAAUAUUUAGAGGAAUACAGGGCAAGCCAACAGAUCAAGGGUGACAUUCUCUCCGAAGGCGAAAACAACACUCAACAUCGGACAAUCUCAGAGCUCCCAGAGAGAGAAGAUGGAGAAGGAGAGGAAAGUGAACUACAGACAGCAACUUCCAGCAACUGGAACCUUCCGCGGAGAGUGGAGUUGUACAGGGAAGCUGGGAAAACUCUGGGUAUCAGUAUUGUCGGUGGGCGGGGCAUGGGCAGUCGCCUUAGCAAUGGAGAAGUGAUGCGGGGCAUCUUUAUUAAACACAUCUUGGAGGACAGUCCUGCAGGACGCAAUGGCACACUAAAGACUGGAGACAGGAUUGUAGAGGUGGGUGGAGUGGAUCUACGUGAUGCCAGUCAUGAACAGGCAGUGGAAGCCAUCCGUAACGCUGGAAACCCUGUUGUGUUCCUGGUCCAGAGCAUCAUUCAAAGAGACAAAAAGCUGCUUGUUCCCUUCCUACAGCUGAACCGUUCAGAGCCCCCACUUCGUCCUUAUCCCGAAUCCUGCUUUACACACAAACCGUUGCAGACAUCUACGGCAGAUGCAGUGGAGGAGAGUUCAGCGUCCAGCUCAAAAAACAGCAACGAGAAGGACAUUGACACUCACAGUAGACUUUUCCUUCGUCUGUGCCCAACUAAUCCUUUCACUCCUACACCGUUUAAGCUUAAUCGAGAAGCAGGAAAAAUCUCCCCGACAACACCCAUCCUGUCGUUGCCAGUUGUCCCACAUGUUGGGGAAACAGAUACGGACACUCUGACAGAGACCGACCAUAACAAUCAUAACAAUGGGCCUGAUGAGGAAGAGAUGGAUGAAUACGGAUACAGUUGGAAGAAGGUUACGGAGCGGUAUGGUCGUUUACCGGGUCAGCUGCACGUGAUCGAGCUGGAGAAGGGUCGCACAGGCUUGGGUUUGAGUCUGGCAGGAAACCGGGACCGUUCACGCAUGAGUGUCUUUGUUGUGGGCAUCGAUCCCAGUGGUGCCGCCGGCCGAGACGGACGCAUCGUCGUGGGAGACGAACUGCUAGAGAUAAACGAUCAGGUUCUCUAUGGCCGCAGUCAUCAGAACGCCUCUGCCAUCAUUAAAAGCGCCCCAUCAAAGGUCAAGAUCAUCUUCAUCCGGAACAGAGAUUCUUUGAGUCAGAUGGCUGUUGGACCAAUGAAGGAGUUUGGAGACUCCCUGGAUACACACACAGAGACAGAGACGUCCAGCUCAACACUAGACAACAUACAACACAUAACUCUACCUGUGGAGGAUGGAGAGGUGGGUGUAGUCCUGAAGGAGGACGACAGCGGGAAUGGAUUGAUCAUUCAGAGUGUAGACGAGAACAGUCCGGCUGGAAGGGAUUGUGUGAUUAAGGUUGGAAACAGACUGCUGGCAAUAGAUGAUGAAAUGGUGGUCGGACUCUCCGUGGAAAAGGUGAUGUCUCUACUGAAGAAAGCCCAGAACUCUGUGAAACUCACCAUCUGCACUGACCCUGCCUUCCUGUCCUCAUCAUCCAAUAAUAUUUGCCCUGGAUCAGACCAGGGAACCACCCUUCAAACCAGCCUCCCUCUGGUCUCUUUGACAUCAUCUGAGAUGGAGCCAAUCAGGAGUUCAAGCAGAUCUUCCACACCGGCAACAUUAGCUUCUGAUCCAGUGACCUGUCCCAUCAUCCCCGGCUGUGAGACCACCAUAGAGAUCUGCAAGGGCAGAACAGGACUGGGGCUCAGCAUCGUGGGCGGCUGUGACACUUUACUGGGUGGCAUAAUCAUUCAUGAGGUGUAUGAGGAGGGAGCCGCUUCCAAAGAUGGCCGACUGUGGGCAGGAGAUCAGAUUCUGGAGGUAAACGGUAUAGACCUGCGUGUGGCGACCCACGAUGAGGCCAUCAAUGUUUUGCGUCAGACUCCACAGUACGUUCGACUGGCAGUCUUCAGAGAUGAGGGUCAGUAUAAGGAAGAGGAUAUGUGGGACGCUCUGACCAUCGAGCUUCAGAAGGAACCAGGCCGCAGUCUCGGACUUAGCAUCGUCGGGAGAAGGAAUGAUACGGGAGUCUUUGUGUCAGACAUCGUUAAGGGCGGAGUCGUAGAGAGUGACGGGCGGCUCAUGCAGGGAGAUCAGAUCCUUUCUGUUAAUGGGGAGGACGUUCGCUCUUCCACGCAAGAGUACGUGGCGGCACUGCUCAAGAGUCACACUGGUCCAAUCAUAAUGGAGGUGGGUCGCUUUAAAGCAGGGCCGUUCCACUCCGAGCGACGUCUGUCUCAGAGCAGUCAGAUAAGUGAGACAUGCAGCAGUAAACUCACUCCAUGCUCCAGCACUGCAGCUCUGCAGGGCGACACAGAGAAAACCAGUGAAUUGCUGGAUCAAGAUGUCAGGACAAUUGAAUUCAUGAAGGGGCCGUCAGACUCUCUGGGGAUCAGUAUAGCUGGAGGGGUUGGCAGUCCCCUUGGGGAUGUGCCCAUCUUCAUUGCCAUGAUGAACCCCAGUGGCCUCGCAUCACAGACGCAGAGACUCCGGAUUGGAGACAGAAUUGUGUCUAUCUGUGGAAACUCUACAGAGGGAAUGACUCACCAUCAAGCUGUUUCACUGCUGAAGAACACAGGCACCAUUCAACUCCAGGUAGUUGCUGGCGAUACAACAGUAACUGGCCCUUCAUCAGAACAGACAGCAGGACUCACAGCCAGCUGCAUUUUCCAUGACGACCUGGGUCCUCCGCAGUGUAAGAACUUAAGUUUAGAGAGAGGACCUGACGGACUGGGCUUCAGUAUUGUGGGUGGAUUUGGAAGCCCUCAUGGUGAUCUGCCCAUCUACGUCAAAACCGUCUUCAGUAAGGGGGCGGCGUCAGAGGACGGUCGUCUGAAGCGUGGAGAUCAAAUCGUUGCUGUUAACGGUCAGAGUUUGGAGGGAGUCACUCACGAAGAAGCCGUUGGUAUUUUGAAGAAAACCAAAGGAACUGUGACACUCACUGUGCUGUCAUAACCACACAAACACACAGCUCUGGCUUAAACGGAUAGUUCCCUCAAAAAUGAAAAUUUUCAGUGACUCACCUCUUCUGUGAAACACAAAAUAUUUGAAAAAUGGUACACAGAUUGCAUAUACUAGGGGCUGUCAAGCUCCAAAAAGACCGAAAAAACAAAACCUUAAACAGUGAUUACGACUUGUAUGGAAUGGACCUAUUUUAAGAGCGCUAGCGUUAAGCGCAGCGCUAUGCUUUAAGUCAUAAGUGCAAAAUCAGUGGGCAUAGCCAUGAAGUUUUGGUAUUUUCCUGCAAGCAUGCGCUAGUCUAGGCGCAAUUGCGUUAGUCGAAAUUUCGUGCAAAAAGCGCUAAUGGGCUGGGUCAAGUGCAAUUGAAUUUGGAGGUCCUUCUCCGUUUAUUGCACCGUUUGCGUGCUAUUUUAUAGUGCAUUUCCUUUCAAGCGCCAACAAUAUAAACAAAGACAGCACAUUCAUAAGAAGUUGAGAGUGUAAAAGGACUGUAUGCAGUGAAGUAGAAGAAUAGAAAUAUGGACAAGCUCCUUUUAUAUGCUUAGAAAAUGUGAUUCUCAUCAGGAUUUGGAUGUACUUUCAUCCACUGACACAAAUCAUGGCUAGUAUUAACAGUGAUUGUUUUGGCGCACACUUCACUUCUACCGGUCGAUUUUGAUUUGGAAAAAAAUGUAAGCAAAAAUAUUUCUAAAUUGAAAUCACACUUCAAACAAAACAAUAACGUAAUCAAAAUAAAGUGGUCAAAAAAUCAUACCAAAUCCAAACAUGUUACACUCUCCAACUUCUUCCACCAGCCCCAUUUGCAGAGACUUUAAAAUCACUCUACAACAACAGGUGGAAUAAUACCAAAUUAGAUCAUAAAUACAAUUGUAAAUGUUAACAUUAAUAAUAAUAAUAAUAAUUGAAAAAUAAACCGUGACCUAUAGAUAGUUUAACAAAAAUCAAAUACAUUUUUGUUUCAUUAAACGGCGAUCGUCAGGGACAUCAUUUCAUGUUCCACUUUAUUUUCAUUUACCACCUCCUGGUGGAAUCUCCUAACUGCAAAUGCAGGAACUGAAUUUAGACUUUGUGCUAAAAAACAGACCUGCUUCUGAAACGUCUUUGCGCAAUGACCUGUUUCUCAGGAAAACAGCAAAUUGUGCUUUGCGCCACUUCAUUAACAUACAAUACACCCACAAAUAGUGAAAACACUCCCACCCAUGGCCACUUGCCAAUUGGAUAAGACGUAGUGCACUGUCAAUGCACAUAAUGCUGCGCUUUGUGCACUCACGAAAGUAAAGCCCAAUAUUCUAAGUCUUCUGAAGAUAUCCAAUAGCUUUUUGUGACACUAGCUAUCAUAUAGCUUCAGAAGACUUCAGAAGUCAGUGUUAUUGGUAUUGUGCUGUUGACAACACAUAUUGAGAAUGAGUAAAGACAUUUCUGGGUGAACUGUUUCUUUAAUAAUCUUUGUAUUAGCACCUAUAGUGGGUAUGGAGUCUUUUUAAACACUGGAUUAAACACACUGAGUCUCUGAAAUGUCUCUCACACAUGCUAUGAAAUCUUUAAAUGAGAAUUAAAAACUACACAGAUUCUAGACAGAGAAAGAACCUCGACACUCUCUUUGCGGUUUAUGAUUUUACUAAUCACUGUUUCAUAGAAAGAUUUGAAGAACUGUAAAAUAUAAAAUGAUAACAAGAUAAAGCAAUUCUAAGCAAUAUUCCAAGUCCUAUACUGCAAAAAAAUACUUCUAAUUGAUGGCUUGCAAUAUGAUGAGGAUAAUCCUGAAUGUGUCAUUAGGGAGUGUAUUCACACACACUCUCUAAAAAGGGGCUUUUAUCAUGAAGACUGAAUUUAUCCUGAUGUUUAACUUAAAAUAUUUGAGUAACUGUGUUUCUUAAAAUAAGCUUUUAUGAAGACAGUUCGUUUGAAGAGUAUAAUGUGUCUGAAAAAAAAAAAAAAAAGGUGUCCAUUAGUGUUGAAACUGAAGUGCUGGUGUUUGUGCAUUUUCUAUAAUUAAACAAUGUGUUUUCAUUACUUUUAUUGAGCUUUGCCUUUAUGAGAAUAAACACCUUUUUUAUCCAAGUUUUAGUAGUCAUGUUGCUGGAUGUAGAACACACACACACAGUACUGUUUGUCCAGUUUUAAGUUUUGUUUUUCAAUUCAGUUCUGAUACAGUAUUGGGUUUCACUCCAAAUAAAUGAAUUAAAGUUACCUUGA